GGGGCUGGCAGGCGGGCUGGCGGGAGGAGGCUCUCCCCAAGCGCCGCAGUGCCUGGAACCAGGACGUGGCUCUCUGCUUGUAUCUGGGGCAUUCUCUCUCCAGGGCCAGAGUCGACCCACGCCACCUUCCCUGCGCGAUCCUUCCAGUUCUCCAUCUGUCCCCCUCUCCUGUUCCUACCUCCGACAUCUGGGCUCGGCUUCUUCCUCUUGUCAUUUCUUUCUCAUAGCUCUAUUGUGUUGUUUGGUCCCCACCCGUCCUGGAGCUAGUGGUCCGCGUCCGCCCGUCUCCCAGUUUGGGUCAGUUGCGGGCGGUGAACCUGCUGGGACAACUGCCUUCCUCCCCUAGGGUCCCUGUGGCGUGACGCACUUAGGUCGCAUUGUGCGUUUUUGACCUGAAUACCUGCGCUACGAGUCCCGGGAAAAGGGGCAACACCCUCUAGGUCUCAGGGGCAUGGCCCCCGCCAACCAUGCUGACUUACCCCACGCCACGAACACACCAAUAAUAAUAGGUCGAGUUACUUUUGGCCAGAAUCAAGUUAAUUACUACUAGUUCUUAUCCCCUUUGCCUUACUUAGCACCCAGUCUCACGCCAGCCCCAAAUCAACUCCCCCAGGCCUGUGCACUCUCCAGUUAUCAAGCCUGGGGUGUGAAAGGGAAAUUUGGGAGUGAUUGUGUGCCUGUUUCCUGGACUUGCCUAGGUCUGUGGAUACAGAAACUUUCCCACUGCAGAAUCCUGUGCACUUUUAGUCCUUGUGGGAGGGAAAAAACUUGCAGCUGGGAGAGAAAUGCCCCUACUUUUCCCUGUGCCCAUGGCUUAGGAUUCUGACCACAUUUAAGACUUUGCAUGGUCUUUUCUGUGGCUUAUUUUUUCAGUGCCCUAAGAUGGAAAACAGGAACGCCUGGUUUAAAGGUCAUUGUGAAUUUCAGGUUGUUCUUUAGGGUUUUCCCCGUAGAUUUGCUGGAGAGAAUGUUGGCAUCAGUCAGGUUCUUAUUGCCUGGCGGGAUCUCCAAUGAGGGGCCUUCUGUUCAUUGAUGAGAAGGGUUCUGUCGUGCUCACAUUUCUGGCCUGGCUGUGGCCACAAUCCAGAAACCCGCACUCUUCCCCCCCCCCCCCCCAUUGUCGAAAUCCACGGCUACCCUCCACAUUAAGGCUCCUGCUUCUUUUUUUAUACCAGAUCAGCAACGUCUUGUUUUUCGUUUUACCGCCCAUCUGCAUGUACCUGUUUCGUCAGUAUGCAACAUGCUUCAACAGUGGCAUCUACUUAAUAUGGACUCUUUUAGUUGUAGUGGGAAUUGGAUCUGUCUACUUCCAUGCAACCCUGAGUUUCCUGGGUCAGAUGCUUGAUGAACUUGCAAUUCUUUGGGUUCUGAUGUGUGCUCUGGCCAUGUGGUUCCCUAGAAGGUAUCUACCAAAGAUCUUUCGUAAUGACAGGGGCAGGUUCAAGGCGGUGGUCUGCGUUCUGUCUGCAGUUACAACAUGUCUGGCGUUUGUCAAGCCUGCCAUCAACAACAUCUCCUUGAUGACUCUCGGGGUUCCCUGCACUGCCCUGCUCAUUGCAGAGCUAAAGAGGUGGGUGCUGUUCUUCUUGCUAUCCCUUAGUCUGUCGCUGUGAUAGGGACACACCAUCUCCAGGAACAAGGAGCUGGUGUGGAGAAGGAGUUAGACUCUUCAUGAAGAGGUA